CUUGACGCUUGACCCUAACCCGACCUCGUCUAGAUGCGGAGUAAGUGCCCGGUAAAUACUCGGCCUGGUUGGGGGAUGGGUGGGAUGCAUCGUUUUGCCGUCUUGCCGGAUGCGCGACUUACUACUAUGUACUAGUAGUAGUGCCGUCCGAUCCACUCGUCCAUCCCGCGGAAACCCGCGGAUCACCGCGACUAUCUACACGCCUCUUCUACGGAACAAUCUCUCUACAGAGAGACUUGGUACGGAGUGCUUUGUACAACAUCCUCCGUACAGCGUUGCCUCUCUGCACAAACUGAAGAAUAGGCUCCCGUCCAAACAGAUGGACCCGCCGGUUGCCGCCGGCAAAACCAGAAAAGUCAACCGAAGCUUUCUCAGUAUCCCGUCGCAAAAUACGUCUUAUAAGAAUCCAUCACCCAUCUCCCAUACACCUUCACCAGGUGCAUCUUUCCACACCACUCGAACGACUUGGUCUCCCCAUUCUUAUACACGUACGUGGCAUCACCCUCAACCAAGUAGGCAUCGUCUCCCAGAGGGUAGGCCUGCCGGGGGUUAUGUCGUCGGGACUCAACCUGAUCCCACGAGGAGGCGCUCAUCUGGAGUAAAGCUGGGGACGUCAGCUAGCUUAACGCAUCCCUCCUGAGAUUCAGAGAAAGUCAGUCGCGGGUUUACUCACUCGCUCGGUCCAAAUGCCGCCUGCCCAGCUGGAUCUUUGCGUCUUCAGCGUAAAAGUCGACCGCGGCAUACGGGGGCGCAUCCUUGUUGUCGAUGGUGCUGUAGUAGUCGUGCACCCACUGCUUGAUGCUGGCGUUGUGGAAUCCCGUCGGCCACUUGGGAUUGUAUUGAU